AUGAGUGAUUUGAAAGCCCAAGAGGAGCAAUUGAAAUCAAAGUUUGGACAUUUAAAGCCAAAGAAAGGUGCGCCUGGUGCGUUAUUGGGGGCAAACAAAGGUAGACAAUACUUUGACUCAGGUGAUUAUGCAAUGCAGCAAGCCGGCGUUAAAACAUCCUCGGAACCGGUUGGUACAGCUAUACCAAAACCUGAAACCAUUCCACACUCAUCACCUAGUGCGAACUCCAACGCAUUGUCUUCUUCACCUAACUCUGGACAACAACCAAGGGAGAGGAGAGGAUCUGGAGAAGUGUAG